AUGCGUCACAUCUCGGCUUUUACAGUCCCCAGCUUUCUUUCUAUCUUUGCGAUACUAGCUUCGGCUCAAGCGUCCCCAAAACCGACGGAAUGUUCGGCGCUUAGCGGAGACGCAACCUCGACUCUAGCAGCCCGCUGCACGCCUCACGCCGCCGACCGGUUUACUCUUCUCCCGGACGAUUCUCAGUUUGUGUUCAACUUCAACCAAACCCAGGAAGGCGCCGGCGAUGGCGGCAUGCUUGUAGUCGCAAACCGCAAAACCUUUCCCGCCUUGGUCGGGACGGGUUCUGGGAUGGCCGUUGGUCGUGUGGGACCUUGUGGCCUUAACACCUUCCACACCCACCCCCGAUCGGCAGAGCUGCAACUGGUCGUGCAAGGACGUCUGGUUACUGAAAUGAUGCCCGAAAACGGAAUCGUGGACGGCGAAGGAAAGCCCCGCGUCAUUAAGAACGAGAUUGGAACUUACCAAAUGACGCCCUUUUAUCAAGGUUCGGUUCACACGCAGUUCAACCCUGAUUGUUCCGAUGCCGUCUUCGUAGCUGCUUUUUCCAGCGAGGAUCCCGGCGCCGGCCAGGUGGUCGAGCAGACGAUCGCGUUCACGGACGACCUGAUCGCCGCCGCGUUCGGGCAGUCGAUUUCUGGCGAAAACCUCGAGGCUGUGCGCAAGGCGAUUCCCAGUAGCAUUGCUUUUGGGGUCGAAAGCUGCCUGGAAAGGUGCGGUAUUGAGAAGAAAUCGAUGUGA